AUGGCGGCAGGAUCCAUUGAAAUUCCGCUGAGAGACACAGACGAGGUAAUUGAGUUAGAUCUUGAUCAGUUACCAGAAGGAGAUGAAGUUCUCAGCAUUCUACGCCAGGAGGUGGCCCCUCUUCAUAUCUGGGUCACAUUGGCUUUGGAAUAUUACAAACAAGGAUUUGUGGAAGAUUUUGUUAAAAUAUUGGAAUCUUCUAGAACUGAUUCUGGAAUUGAUUACCAGAACUUUGAAAGAGAUCAGAUGCAGUCUUUGGAUACUUUGGCUGCCUAUUAUGUACAGUUGGCCCAUAAAGAGAAAAAUAAAGACACUAAAAGAGAAUUAUUUACUAAAGCUACACUACUCUAUACUACAGCAGAUAAAAUCAUUAUGUACGAUCAGAACCAUUUACUCGGCAGAGCUUAUUUCUGUUUAUUGGAAGGAGAUAAAAUGGACCAGGCUGAUGCACAGUUUAAUUUUGUCUUAAAUCAGUCCAGUAACAACAUACCAUCUCUAUUAGGUAAAGCUUGUAUUGCCUUCAAUAAAAAAGAAUUUAGAAGUUCUUUGGCCUACUAUAAAAAAGCUUUAAGAACCAACCCCAACUGUCCUGCAUCAGUCAGAUUAGGAAUGGGCCACUGUUUUGUGAAAUUGAAUAGACUAGAGAAAGCCAGAAUGGCAUUUGAGAGAGCCCUACAGUUAGACCCACAGUGUGUUGGAGCUUUAGUAGGUCUAGCAAUCUUAGAGUUGAACUCAAAAGCACAAGAUGCUAUUAAAAAUGGUGUACAACUUCUUUCGAAGGCUUAUACAAUAGAUUCUUCUAAUCCUAUGGUACUCAAUCAUUUAGCUAAUCAUUUCUUCUAUAAGAAGGAUUAUCAAAAAGUACAGUUUUUAGCUUUACAUGCUUUCCAUAAUACAGAAAAUGAGGCUAUGAGAGCUGAGAGUUGUUACCAGUUAGCUAGAGCUUUUCAUGUGCAGGAUGAUUAUGAUCAAGCUUUCCAGUAUUAUUAUCAAUCUACUCAGUUUGCUCCUACUAAUUUUGUUUUGCCAUUUUUUGGAUUGGGUCAGAUGUAUAUCUAUAGAGGAGACAAUGAUAAUGCAUCUCAAUGUUUUGAGAGGGUAUUAAAAGCUCAGCCAGGAAAUUAUGAAACUAUGAAGAUUUUAGGAUCAUUAUAUUCUAAUUCAUUUGAUCAAGAUAAAAAGGACACAGCCAAGCAACAUUUAAAGAAAGUAACUGAACAGUUUCCUGAUGAUGUUGAAGCAUGGAUUGAAUUAGCCCAGAUAUUGGAGCAGUCUGAUGUACAGGGAGCUCUAUCAGCUUAUGGUACAGCUACUAGAAUACUGAAAGAGAAGGUACAAGCAGACGUCCCACCAGAAAUAUUAAAUAAUGUUGCUGCUCUUCAUUUCAGACUGGGAAACUUUCAGGAGGCUAAGAAAUAUUAUGAAGCAUCUCAAGAAAGAUCACGUAAUGAAGCUCAACAUGAUGAAACUUACUAUAGUGCUAUAUCAGUUACUACUACCUAUAAUCUAGCUAGACUGUAUGAAUCUUUAAAUGAAUUUGAUAAAGCUGAUAAAUUAUACAGAACCAUCCUUAGAGACCAUCCUAAUUAUGUUGACUGUUAUUUAAGGUUAGGAUGUAUGGCUAGAGAUAGAGGACAGAUUUAUGAAGCGUCUGAUUGGUUUAAAGAAGCUCUGCAGAUUAAUCAGGAUCACCCUGAUGCCUGGUCACUUAUCGGAAACCUACAUUUGGCUAAACAUGAAUGGGGACCUGGACAGAAGAAAUUUGAGAGAAUUUUACAGAGACCAGGUACUAAAGAUGAUGCUUAUUCUCUGAUAGCUUUAGGCAAUGUCUGGUUACAGACUUUACAUCAACCAAUGAAAGAUAAAGCUAAGGAAAAAAGACAUCAAGACCGAGCUCUAGCUAUGUAUAAACAAGUAUUACGUAAUGAUGACAGAAAUAUUUGGGCUGCUAAUGGGAUAGGCUGUGUUUUAGCUCAUAAAGGAUGUGUAGGUGAAGGGAGAGAUGUAUUUGCCCAAGUAAGAGAAGCUACAGCUGAUUUCUGUGACGUCUGGUUAAAUAUUGCCCAUAUCUAUGUUGAACAGAAACAAUAUGUAGCUGCAGUUCAAAUGUAUGAGAAUUGUUUAAAGAAGUUUUUUAAGAGUCAUAAUGAAGAAGUUAUGUUAUAUUUAGCUAGAGCUUAUUUUAGAUGUGGUAAACUACAGGAAUGUAAAACAGUUCUCCUCAAGGCUAGACAUAUAUCACCUCAUGAUACAGUAUUAUUAUACAAUAUAGCUUUAGUACAGCAAAAAUUAGCUACAUCUAUAUUGAAAGAUGAAAAGAGUAAUUUAAAAACUGUGUUAACAGCUGUUAGAGAUUUAGAGUUAGCACACAGAUAUUUUAGUUAUCUAAGUCAACAUGGUGAUAGAAUGAAGUAUGAUUUAAAUCAAGCUGGUUUAGAAGCUAGAAAUAGAAGAGAUAUGUCUGAUAGUGAGGAUGAAGGUGGAGAUAGAAGAGAUAAAAAGAGAAGAAAACCAAGAAAAGGUAAAGAAGGAAAAGAUAAGAAAAAGAAAGAAAAGGAAGAAGAUGAUGGAUUAUCUGCAAAACAAAGACGUAAAAUUGUAUCCAAAGCCUAUAUAUCAUCUUCUAACGAAUCUGGAUCAGAGAAAGAAGAACUACAGAUUGCUGAUGAUGGUGGUAGUGGUAGUGGUAGUGGCAGUGGUAAUGAAGGUGUUAGCAAGAAAGGAAGACGUAUUAUGUCAUCUGAUAGUGAUAGUGAUGGAGAAGCUGCCAAAUCAGAUAAUGACAGGAAAUCAGGAUCAAACCGUGGAUCAGGAUCAGAAUCAGAUAGAAGAUCUAACAAAGGUUCUGGAUCAGAGAAAGGAUCUGGUAAAGACUCUGGAAGUGAAAGUGAUGCUGGAAGUGUCAAAUCCAAUGCUUCAAAUAAAUCAAAUGCAUCUAAGGCAUCAAACCGGUCUGCUGCAUCUCAUGCAUCCAAUGCUUCAAACCGUUCUGCUGUCUCAAAUGCCUCAAACCGCUCUGCAGCUUCAAAUGCUUCAAACAAAUCAGGUGGUUCCAAUGCAUCAAAUAAAUCAGGUGGUUCUCCUGCAUCAAAUAAGUCAGGUGGUUCUCCUGCAUCAAACCAUUCUGACAAUGAAGGUGGUUCUAAAAAAGGUUCUGAUUCUGGUGGUGAAUCACCUGCUAAUGAAAAUAGUGAUUAA